AUGAAAUUUUUAACAAAUCUGAUAUUUUUUAAAAUUUAUUUUUUAAUUAUUUUAUUUUUAAAUUUUUGUCAAUCAAAAAGAAAUAUUUUUGUAGAAUUUUUUAAUAAAACGGGAAAAUCAAAAAAUGUUCAAAUAGAAAUUGAAAAUAAUCCUUUUGGUAAAGGGGCCUAUGCUUGGGUAUAUUUUGGAAGAAUAAUAAAUACUCAAAUAAUUUUAAAUAAUUAUGGAAAAAGAAUUUCUGAAAUAGUAGUUAAAAUAAAUAAAAAUCAAAAAGAGGAUGAAUUGGAAAUAUCUAAUGAAAUAAAAAUUUUAGAAGAAUUUAAUAAAUUACCCAUUUAUGAACGAGAAGGGAUUAUUGAACUUUAUUUACAUGGACAAACAAUAAAUUCAGAAGAGGAUCAAAAAAUAAUAUCACAAAAGAAAGAGAAUAAAAAUAAAAUUUUAUAUAAAAAAGUUUUAAUUUUGGAAUAUGGAGGGGUAGAUUUACGUAGAAAAAUUGAUCAAAUUAGAGAAAAUUUUUAUGAGGAAGAAAUUUGGUUUUUAAUUCAAAAAACACUUUUAGCUGUGAAAGAUAUGCACAGAUAUAAUAUGGUAUACACUUCGAAUGAUUUAAUUAAAAUAAUUGAUUUUGGUUCUGGACAAUUUAUUCAAAAUGAGGGUGUUGAAAACGAUAAUAAUAAAUUAGCUAAUUAUUGUAAAUUACUUACAAUUCAAUAUACAACCCAAGUAUAUAGAGGUCCAGAAAAUAAUAUUGUCUGUGAUGGAGAAGAAAGUGGUGAAGCUAAAGAUAGAACUGGAGAAAAUAAAGUAAAAUUUUAUUUCUUUUAUUUACAGAAAAUGAUAACAUAA